AUGUCACCAUUCAACUACACCAAAGUCAGCAGCGAAAGCUCACAGCCAGAAUCGCUUGAGCAGCAGCCCUCAAAACAAAUUCCAGGUCGAUUAUCGGGGUGGCGCAAGACUGCCCAUAGUAUUCAGUUUCUGCGAUGGCCUAUGACUUUCUUUUUGCUCACGGUCAUUCUCAUCUGCGAACUCUCAAUACUUCACCAACAAUCCAUCCCACUGAAGUUGGGCAGCGAGGCCAAUGGUCUGCUACCAGAAUUCACAACGCAGAAGAAAACGUUCCACACAGACAAGAGAUAUGCAUCCGACCACCGAACCACAGCUUCUAUCAACGCCACAAAGCACCAAUGGAUGGAUCUCAUGCCCCUCUACGCCAUCGCCGUCUUCCACGAACUCCACUGCUUGAUGCACCUAUCCGGCUACAUCGAUAAGCUCGUCAUGCAGAUCCGUAACAGGGACUUUGAGCUUGACGAAGGCGCUGUCUGGCAUAACGAUCACUGCUUCAAUUAUCUGCGUAAUGCGCUGUUGUGCUGUGGUGAUACUACGCUGGAAGGGCAGGCGCAGACGCCCGAGUUGCAGGGUGUGGCGGGGACAGAUGGGACGGGGGCGGUGCAUGUUUGUCGGAAUUAUGAUGAGAUUCUGGCGUUUGCGGAGAAGGUGAGGCUUACGGAUGCGAAGGAACAUUUUUGA